AGGGCUGGCUGAAGUUUAUUGUUCAUUUAAAACUCAAAACGAGUAACAUCACAUGUCGAGUCAUUAUAUCUUGCGGCUCAUAAUGAUAAUGCCUUUAUUUUGUCCUUAAUCAAUUCAUAUCAUGAAUUUUCCAAGUACACUAGCUAACCUAGCUUUUGCAUGAACCCAGUCUCCAACAUAACCUAUAAUACCUGAUGAAUAAUAAUGACAAACAUCAUUCGAUUAUAACCUCUUUCGAUAUUUUGUGUAUGAUGAAUUUACAAUGACUCAAACUUAUGAUAAUUAUUACAGUGAAUUUCAAAAAAAUGCAGAAUUACAGCAAAAUCUGAGAUAUAAAAAGAAAUACCGGAGAUUGAAAAGGAUCAUAAAGGACACCGUAUUCGAAAAUGCAGCAUUGUGCGAUCAAGUUGCACAAAUGCAAGAGAAUCUCAUGCUUGUGAAAGAAGAGAGGCUGUUCCUUUUACGUAAAUUAUGUCAACAACAAGGGGACAUAGAUCCCUCUACGAUGAUAGCUCGAUCUCAAUCAAACAGUAUUAAUUCUAGUUCAUUUAACCCAGAAUGCUCUACACCUAAGAAGACUACAAAGAAAAGGAUGUCAACAGAAGGCUCAGAAACAAAAAAUAAAGCCAAACGUUACAAUAAAACUGCGAGAAAGGUGGUCCAAUUAAUACCAUUAGAUGUCCAUGGAAGACCUAUAUUUCCUAUUUCGUUAGGUGAUCUUACUGUCUAUUCCCUUGGAGAAGUAGUGACAGAUAGGAUAGCUUAUCAUACAGAGGAUCUCAUUUAUCCGGUAGGCUAUUGCAGUACCAGAGUAUAUGCUAAUUUAAGAGAUGUAAGGACAAAAAGUUUAUACACGUGUAAAAUAUUAGAUGGCGGACCAAAACCAAGGUUUGAAAUUGUAUCUGAUAAUGAUCUAGAUCAGCCGUUAGUUGGCUCUACCCCUGAUGAAUGUCAUUCCAAACUAUUAAUGGCAAUUUCUCUUGCGCUUCGUUCGAUAACACCAAAGGGGGCUGAUUUCUUUGGAAUUUCACAUCCCACUGUACAAAAUCUCAUACAAAGCACACCCGGAACUCGUAAAUUGGCCAUUUACAAACAGCAACGCUUCGAAGUAAGCAAAAAUCAGCCAAUGGAAAGAGGGACAAGUCCAGUAAUGGAAGAAGAAACAGAUCCAGGACUGGGAUUUGCAGCUUUACAUAGGCAUUAUGCUUUAGCAAAUUCGUACAGAAUUAAAGAAGAACCAUCUGAUAAUGAUCUUUUAGCUCUUCAAGAACUUCUUUCGUGAUUCAUUGUAUUGUUAAUAGGCAGACUGUUCUUCUUUUCAGGAAAAAAUAACAUUUCGUUCUACAUAUUGGUAUAAUACAUAUUAUAUAAAUUUUAUUGUUAUCAAAUAUUCAUUUUUAAAUUAUGGAUAUAUUAAUUAUUUAUAUCAGGCCUUUCAAACUGACGACGCGUGAGCCAACUAUGGCUCGUACGCUUCUUUGCAAGCCAUAUAGGAGAACAGCUUAUGUACUUUAUUCUGGACAAGCUCUACUAUUAUCCGCUUUUUGUAACAAAAAUAUCUUUAUUUUUCUAAGUAAAAUAUGAUAAAGUAAUAUAAGAAUAUAUAAUAAUAAUAAUAAUAAUAAUAAUAAAUUGUUAGGAUUCCACUCCAGUCAUAAAUUAUAAAAAACUGGAUUAUGGAUUAUGAAAAUGCAUGGCUGCUAAUAUAUGACAUAUAUAUGAAAAGAAAUUAUAGAAAUGUAUUUUUUCAUAAAUUGACAAAGUUAAAAAGUUAAAUAUGUGUAAUAGUGGCUAAUCUGCAUGAGGUGAAGGGAUCGAUUACGGCCUGAAGGAACAGAAGAGGGAAAGCUUUCUCUGGUACAUCGAGUACUAAACUCAUAUGGCUUGCGAAGAGGAAGAAAUUCGACACAUCUGGUUUAUAUGAAAAACUCUU